UGUGAGGCUUGGGUAUGCUCCGCCCGCUCAGGAUGUGUAUUCAUAGUAUCCAAACACGAGUUGUCUAGAAGCGUGUCUCGGUUGUAUUUGCUGCGUUUAAAGUCUGAAGACGACUCAGAUCAGACUCUGUGGACGCACAUGGUGGAGUUCUUAUGACCUCAGCUUGCAAGCAUCAUUGAACAAACCUGGAUGUGACAUUUUGGAUGAUAUCUUCUGGACCUAAUGGGCAAGAUGGGAGUAAGGAUGCUUCAUAGGAACCUGCUGCAGGCUGCUUGGCUGUGUUUUCUAUUGGUGGUUCAAGUGCACAGCUGUCCAGACGCCUGCAAUAAAUGUUCAGGGGCAGAAAAUGACCAGUGUCAGGAAUGCAGAGCAGGAUGGACGCUCCAUAAUAACAGCUGUGUAGAUAUUGAUGAGUGUGGCACUGAGUUGGGUAUCUGUCCUGCGAACAGCUACUGCUUCAAUACAAAGGGUUCUUUUGAGUGCCGAGGCUGCGACCCGGCCUGUGUCGGCUGUAUGGGUAGUGGACCAGCACGCUGCAGGAAAUGUGCCUCUGGGUACACAAUGACAGGGUUCAAGUGUUUGGAUAUAGACGAAUGUAGUGACAGGGUGCUUGCCUGUCAUGGUCUGGAUGAGAUCUGUGUCAACACUGAAGGCUCGUUCCACUGCGACUGUGCUGAAGGCUACAUCCGCAGGGACGACGUUUGCGUGAAGAAGCAGCAACCUAGUGUUCAGGAGAAAGGUCUGUUUGAGGAUAUCCAGGAUGACGAGGUGGAGGUGCUGCAGCAGAUGUUUUUUGGUGUGAUACUUUGUGGUCUGGCCACACUGGCUGCUAAGGGAGAUAUGGUUUACACAUCUGUAUUCAUGGGAGCAGUGGCAGCCAUGGCAGGGUACUGGCUUUCUGACAGGGGAGACCGUUUGUUAGAGAGCUUUCUAAAGGGACGUUAAAGCUCAAAACAGCUGCAAAAAGAACUUACGUAUUUCAUAUGGCAGAUGCACAAAUGCAAGGCCUCGUGCAAUUACUGUACAGACAAAGCAGGUGAUUUUUUUGCACAUUGACUGGACUAUAUUUGUUAUCGAGAUGAAAUUAUAGAGAUAGAGAAAGAUGUUUAUGAAUAUCACACUUCUAUGUGUGUGAGAGAAAUUAUCAUGGCCACCUUGGAAAUGUGGAACUUUAUUCUUAAACCUUGUAAAUUCAAAGUCCACUUCCCAGCCCUAUCUGGAGCUUUACACUUGUAUUUUAUAGUCUUCAUCAGUGAAUUGAGUUGAUGUUACAAAUUACCCUUUUCAUUUCACAUUUUGACUUUUCAAAGUAGGAUAAGCACAGGUGUAACUGGCUCCAUUUUCUUAAGUGCCCUAGUAAGCCACAUCAGUGAGUAAAGCAUGCACAAUACAAAGUACCGGAAACUGGCCUCGCGUAAAUGCGAUGCAACCAUCAUUAAUGUUAUUAAUUCCACCUGUACAUUUCCUGUUUUGACAAGUCAAAAUGUCUGCUGGGUCUGUUGUAGAUUCAUUAAAUUAAUUUGAAUGAGUAUGUUUGUGUACAUAGACCAUGUAUUAGAGCUGCUUCUUAUACUGUAUCAGUAACACUGUAUUUGCACUAAUGUGUACAAUGUAGAAUAUAGUAACAUAGAACACCAAAAUAAAUAUGUCCAUUGCUAACAUA